ACAUCUUGAGCUUGGUGAUUGCUUGAUUGGUAAUGAAGCUAUCGAGAAGAUAGCCAGCAACUGUACUAAUUUGAAAUAUCUUAGUUUGAAGGGGUGUAGAAGGAUUAGUAAUGAAGUGCUGAAAAAACUCAAUCCAAAAAUUAAAAUCGAACAUCCAGAUUAUUCUGAUGAUGAAUUCUCCGAUUCUGAUUUAUCUUCACUUAUUCCAAUCUUUACCGGUAGACAAAAUGGGAUAGCUAUAACCAGAGGGGAAAAUCCAGUAAAAGCAUUAAUUAAUAUAUCGUCAAAGUUUAAUACCAUUAGCAAGAGCUUUUUCGAUAAGCUUAAAGAAGAUUAUGGAAUACGUGAUCUUGUUGAGAAUCUCUAUGGAGAUGUAAUAGGUGAAAUAAAAUGUUUAGAUUUGCAAUUUUGCUAUAAAGGAAAGUGGCGAAGUUUAGAUGGUACCGAAGUAAUAGGCUUUCAAAUUCGCAAAAAUUCAUCGUUCGAUUUGGUUUUGGAACAAGAAUGGUUAUGGAUGCGUGAAGCAAAAAUAAGCUUUGGAUAUUCUUCCAAAACCUGUGUCUGCCAUGCUAAAAUUGUAAUCAAUGGUAUGAGUAUCUCAUUAAUCGAAGAAAAUAGUAAUAAAGCCAGCUCUAGUAAAAAUAACUUAUCCCAUUCUGAAACAAAAAUCGAUAAAUCUGAUCUAAAUUUAGAAAAGUUUAUAGAUAUGUUUAAGAAAUUAUCUAUAGAGACUAAUUUAUCCAGUUUCGAUUCAGAAUCUACAGGUUCAGACUGGUACGAUCUUGAUCUAAAAAAACCGAAAGAAACGCAUCCAUAA